CGAAUUCUCACUUGUAAAGUGCUUUUGAGGGGAUUGAUUUUUAAUAAUCCAGAAGUCGAAUUGACAACAAUUUCAGUUAAUAACUGUUAAUGGACAACCUACACGGUAUUGUCCAUUGAUUAUCGGAGGGCCACGGUUUUUGUCUGUCCAGUAUUGGCCUAAAUUAACUUCUAAUUCUCAGACCAUUGAACGCUUUCCCAAGAGCACCCGGGGACUUGUUGAAUCGGUCUGUAGCCAUGUGCCGGUCUCUGUCGAGGAGUACCAGGGUCUCCAUCGGGGGGAUGGCAGUGGGUUUCCUGUUACAAAUAGUGGGUGUGUCCAUGGCACACUGGUGCGACUCGACAUCUCGGCAGACCAAACGUUUUAAUUUUGGACUCUGGAAAACAUGCGAAGAUAUAGGAAGGCCAAACGAACACGUACCCAUAUGUCAUUUUUCUUUGGACGGCCAGAUAAUUGUGGUACAGGUAUUAGAAGUCUUGGGAGUACUUGGCACCAUAAGCACUCCAUGCCUGGUAUUUGCAGCUGCCGUUAAAUAUGAAAAUAAAUGUAGGACCUCCAUUUUUUCCAUUAUGUCUGCAUUUGGAACAGCAUCCUGUAUUAUAAUGGGCGUGGUCAUUUUUGGAGUGGAGGUCCCGGAUGAGAACUGGAAGUUGUCCUGGUCGUUCGGAUUUUCGGCGGCGGCGGGCGGUUUCUACCUGGGUGUUUUUGUUUCACUGAUUUGUAUUACCCUAGAAAUAUCACCUGAUGCUGAGGAUUGAUCGAUGAUGAAGAGAAAUUGAAGUAUAUCGGAAUUUAGGUUAAACGGUGUGAAAAUGUCCAGGAAUUUGUAGAUUCGUGUCGAUGUCAGGAAUUGAAAUGAAUGAUGAAAGACGAUGUUCAACAUUAUAUGGAGCAUAUAAUCUGGCAAGGGAGUUCAUUUAAGCAUUCAACAGAAAUACUUC